AUUGUUCUCUGCCUCCGUCCGCAAUGGUUCGUGCAACGAACAAAAAAGCGGAAUUUAGAUCACAUCGUCCGCUCAUAUGUAGACACAGGAACCCAAAACAUGUCACGUGUACCAGAAACUGAAUUGCCUUCCAUAAUUCUUCAAUCCAAUUUGCGUGCAUCUGGUAGUGGAGAACCGAAAUCAUUGAAUGUGGAAGGAGCCGAGAAGAAAGAAUAUUUGUUGGCCAGGACAUACUGUGGUAUGCAGAGA